CAGCCAUAUUGAAUACGUCUGACGACACUGUAUUUGGACUGGAUCAGUGACAUACAAUAUAAACACUUUAACUAGAAGUGCUUUGAUUAAUUGGAAGUUAAAAAUAUUUUUAAAACUUAUUGUUUUAAAAAAUCCACAAAUUUGACUACAAUCUAUUCUUUAUUUAUUACUAACUAUGAUGUGUUUGGGCACAUGUAUGCAGAAUACCAAAUAUGUUUAAUGGUUACAAAGUGAACGCUGAAAAUUUUACAUUAUUGCAAAAUAGCAUUGAGAAUUAUAGUCUUCGAGCUGGAUUUUGUUAAAAUAUGUUCUUCCAUUAACAAAUGAACAGUGACGUGGUUAUAGUCACGUGAUCAGAAAGGAAUUUUUACAUGGUUGAAAGUCAGAUCAGCUACGACUUCGUUCACAUUGUUUAUACACAAUGAACACGUGAAAUGGAUAAGGGUGAUCUUGAUGAUGACUUUAGUAAACCUUUGUUUGGAAGACCUGAUAAAAGUUCAAAGCUGACUUACAGCUCUGAGUCUGGAGAAGACAAAAGUGCUUCUGGAUCUGGAAACAAUUCAAGUGAAUCAGGUUCAGAGUCUGGAUCUGGCUCCAGUAAAUCUGACUCCUCAUCGGAAUCAGGAAGUAGUUCUGAGAGUAAUUCUAAAUCUGAGAGUGAAUCAGACAAUCACAAUGGGCAUAAUGAUAGACAAGAUGUCCCUAUGCCUUACGAUACUGACUCUCAGCAGAGUAGUCCUGGGAAAAGAGGAAGGCCUCAUCGACAGAGCAACACUGAACUUAAAGAAAUCUUAAGAGAAAAUCCUGAUUUGUUUGGUCUACGUAGAUCUGGUAGACAGAGGCAGGAACCAGUGCGAUACAAUGCACAGGACUCUGAUGAGGAGAGUGAGCCUAGAAGCCGGAAAGGGAGAAGGAGGAAAAAUUCUGGUGAUUGGAAUGAGAGUGGCGGUAGUAAUGAAAGCAGUAGUGGAAGUGAAGAUUAUCAUCCUCCAAGAGCCGUUCAGUCUAGACCAGUUAGAAGAGCAGUAAAGGGAAGACGUUCUGGUAAAUCUGGGAAGACAAAAUCUGCAGGAAGACCCAAGACAGGACAUCUGUCUGAUUCUGAUUCGUGGAGUGAGGAUGAUGCUAGGAAAUUUGAGACCAGAAACGCCUCCAAGAAAGUCAGGCAAAAGCCUCGUUAUAGAUCUUAUAGGAGGAAACAGUCCAGGAGAGGGGUCUGUUACAAGGAAGAAUCGGACGAUGUGACAGAUUCUGAUGAUAUUGUAGAAGUUGCACAAGAAGAAGAGGAUGCUGAAGCUGAAAAUAGAGAGACUGUUGAAAGAGUUUAUAAAACAAGAAUGGGAAAGAAAUUAGCAACUGGAAGCAGAACAACCAUAUACAAUGUAUUGGAGAAUGGUGAUCCAAAUGAUGGCUGUGAUCCUAGCAUCAAUGAAGUUGAACAGCAGUUUCUUAUCAAAUGGAAGAACUGGGCAAAUAUUCACAAUACUUGGGAAACUUAUGAAAAUCUCAAAGAACAAAAAGUUAAUGGAUUGAAGAAAUUAGAAAAUUAUCUGAAAAAUUUAAAUGAAAUCAAUGAUUGGAAGAGAGCAGCUUCUCCUGAGGACGUAGAAUAUUAUGAACUACAGAAGGAAAUGAUGGAAGAUUUAUAUGAACAAUACAUUAAUGCAGAGAGAAUCAUUGCUCAUUCCAAUCAGAAAAUGGCCAAUGAGAACAAUGGUUACCCUGACUACUUUGUGAAAUGGCAGGGGUUACCAUACUCAGACUGUACAUGGGAGGAUGGUGAACUAUUGGCUCGUAGAUUUCAAUCCGUUAUUGAUGAAUAUCAUGCCAGAAACAAGUCUCAGAAAACUCCAUCAAAGUUAACCAAAUGUUUAAAGUACAGACCAAAGUAUCAGCCAUUUAAAGACCAGCCAUCAUGUAUUGGUGGAGUGGAUAAUUUAGAUUUACGAGAUUAUCAAUUAGAAGGAGUUAAUUGGUUGAUGCAUGCUUGGUCAAAGUAUAAUUCUUCCAUAUUAGCAGAUGAAAUGGGACUAGGGAAAACUAUUCAGACCAUAUCAUUUCUACAGAUAAUGUAUACUUAUUAUCAGUUGUAUGGACCUUUCUUAAUAGUAGUACCUUUGUCUACAUUAGUGGCAUGGCAAAGAGAGUUCAGAAAUUGGGGACCGGAGAUGAAUGUGGUCACUUACCUUGGAGAUAUUUCUAGUCGUAAUAUGAUAAGAGAGUACGAAUGGCAGCAUGGUGGAAAUAAACGGUUAAAGUUCAAUGUUAUCCUUACAACGUAUGAAAUCUUACUUAAAGACAAGUCAUUUUUAGGAGGGGUUUCAUGGGCUGCAUUGAUGGUAGAUGAAGCCCACAGACUGAAGAAUGAUGAUUCACUUCUUUAUAAAUCUUUGUUUGAAUUUAACACAAACCACCGACUUCUCAUCACUGGUACCCCUUUACAGAACUCACUGAAAGAGCUGUGGGCUCUGCUCCAUUUCAUUAUGCCUCAAAAAUUUGAUAAUUGGCCAGAUUUUGAAGAGAAAUAUUCAUCGCAAGAAAAAAUGGGAUUUGCAGGACUUCACAAACAACUAGAACCUUACCUGUUACGUAGAGUCAAGAAAGAUGUUGAGAAAUCUCUCCCUUCAAAGACGGAACAAAUUCUUAGAGUUGAAAUGUCUUCUUUACAGAAACAGUAUUACAAAUGGAUUUUAACAAAAAACUAUAAAGCACUUAGUAAAGGACUGAAAGGAAAUGCGUCUAGUUUUGUAAAUAUCAUAAUGGAACUUAAAAAAUGUUGUAAUCACACAUCACUGACUCGUCCACCUGAAGAUGAAAACAUGGACAAACUCACAGCGUUAAUAAAAGGAAGUGGGAAAUUAAUUCUGUUAGACAAAUUAUUGACACGUCUGAAAGAGACAGGACAUAGAGUGCUAAUAUUUUCUCAGAUGGUUAGGAUGUUGGAUAUUCUUAGUGAUUAUUUACAAUUGAAACGUUAUGCUUUCCAGAGGUUGGAUGGAGGGAUAAGAAGUGACAUAAGGAAGCAGGCCCUGGACCACUUUAAUGCUGAGGGAUCAUCGGAUUUUUGUUUCUUGUUGUCAACAAGAGCUGGCGGUCUUGGGGUAAAUUUGGCAACUGCUGAUACUGUGAUAAUAUUUGAUAGUGAUUGGAACCCACAGAAUGACCUACAAGCUCAAGCUAGAGCUCAUCGUAUAGGGCAGAAAAAACAGGUUAGUGUAUAUAGGUUAGUGACAAAGAACAGUGUAGAAGAGGAUAUUGUGGAAAGAGCUAAACGUAAAAUGGUGCUAGAUCAUCUGAUCAUACAGAGAAUGGACACUACUGGUAGGACUGUGCUGAACAAAAAUCAGGUCCCAUCCAGUACGUCAACGCCCUUCAAAAAAGAAGAAUUGGCAGCUAUAUUGAAGUUUGGUGCUGAAGAAUUGUUCAAGGAAGACGAGGAAAACGAAGAGGAACCUCAGGUGGACAUUGAUGACAUCCUUAACCGUGCUGAAACGAGAGAAUCGGAACAACCUAUGUUGGGAGAUGAACUACUGUCUCAGUUUAAGGUGGUCAGUUUUGAUAAUCUUGAAGAAGAUGACCCACCACCUAGUGUAAAGGUAGAAGAAGAUACAGGUAAAGAGUGGGACUCGAUUAUUCCUGAAAAUGACAGAAGGAAAAUUGAAGAAGAAGAAGAGCAAAAAAGACUUCUGGAAUUAAAUUUACCCCCAAGAAGCAGGAAAACUGUUAAACAGAUUCAGGUGGAUUAUGAUUCUGAUGAGAAGAAAAAGAAGAAGAAAAAAAAGGAUGACGAUGAAGAAGAUGAAGAUGAUGAAAGUGAGGAUGAGGAGGAGGAUGAAGACGAACCAAAGAAACGUGGAAGGCCUCCAGGUGGCAGUAAGGGAAAAGUCAGAGGGUUCACUGAUGCUGAAAUUAGAAGAUUUAUCAAAAGUUUUAAAAAGUUUGGUAGACCUUUGACUAGACUUGAUGCUAUAGCCUGUGAUGCAGAAUUACAAGAGAAAUCUGAAGGAGAUCUGAAAAAGUUGGCACAGAUAUUGAUGUCUGGUUGUGAACAAAGUCUAGACGAACACAAUCACAAUAAAGUUAAAAAUGAAGAAGAGGCUAGUGUUGAUGGAAUGAAUACUCCAGCCAAGAAGAAAAGAGAAAAAGGACCAUCAUUUAAUAUAUCGGGUGUUGUGGUGGCUGUACAGCCUGUCAUGAAAGCAAUGCAAGAUCUGGAACAAUUGGAUGAUCUUAUACCUAAAAAUAGAGAGGAAAAGAAAAGGUUUAAAAUAGACACCCAUGUAAAAGUUUGUCAUUGGGAUUGUGAAUGGAGCGAGGAAGAUGACUGUAGCUUGCUGAAAGGAGUAUAUGAGUAUGGCAUGGGAAACUGGGAAGCCAUCAAAAUGGAUCCCGAUUUUAACCUACAUGACAAGAUUUUGCCAGGUGGUAAGAAUGAGAAGCCACAAGCCAAACAUUUACAUACUCGUGUGGAAUAUUUACUCAAGAUGCUUAGUAAGAAAUCAGAUGCUGAUAAACCUGCUCCGGUGAAGAAUAAUUCUGAAGCAAAACCAAGAAAGAAAAGAAAGCCAAAAUCAAAAGCAGAAGUUAUUGAAAAAGAGUCCUCCGACUCGGACAAUAGUGCUAAAGUAAAGUCUAGUGCUAGAGAUGACAGUACUAUGGAUAGUUUCCCAGAAAAUUACAAGAAAAAGAAGGAGAAAGUAGAACCCAAAGAUCAUCAGAUUGAAGUGGAAACAAAAGUGAAAAGUAAAUCAGGAGAAAAACCAAAGAAAGAAAAGAAGAAAAAGAAGAAACCUAAGAAGGAAGAUGGUCCAAUGCAUUUUACUGCCAACACAACCCCUGUGGCUGUGGCCUCUGAAGAUUUUGAUGUUGAACUUCCUGAUGAAGUGUUUAGAAAGUGUAAAGAGAUGAUGAGACCAGUUAAGAGAGCACUGCGGAAGUUAGACAAUCCAGACGAGGGGAUGUCAGAGAAGGAUCAAGUAGUUCAUACUAAACAAUGCCUGUUAAGGAUUGGUGACAGAAUUACAGAAUGUCUGUCAACCUUGAAUGAUCCGGAAAAAAUCAAGACAUGGAGAGGCCAUUUAUGGAACUUUGUAUCAAAGUUUACAGAAUUUGAUGCAAGAAAGUUGCACAAAUUGUACAAACAUGCAUACAGAAAGAGAGAAGAGGAGAAGGAAAGAGAAGAGGCCAAAGCACACACCCAGAAUCAUAACACAUCACAUCAAGAUAAACAUAAACCACACAAGCAUCAAGGAGAAUCAGAUCAUAACAAACAUUCUCAUAACCAUGAUCAGGGUAGAGAUUUCACUAAACAUUCCACUGCAAAUAAUCGUCAUCCUCCUGGUAGUAACAUGUCCAACAGGGGACGUGACCACCGUCCAGAACAUUCAUCUAGUCCAUGGCAGCAUGCCAGCCCAUUACAGAGAGCUGACGACCCUCCUCCCAGCAGGUAUGGAGAUAAAGGAGGAUCAUACAGAAGAUCAGACAACUACCAAAGAUAUGGUGGGGGAGAUCAUUCUCAUCACAGAUUUAAUCAUGAUCGACGAGAGUAUGGGUCUGGUAACCACUAUUCUAGAGAACACAGACCAGGACCCAGCUAUGAUCAUGAUCCUAAUUACAGGAACAACCAUCCUGAGUAUCGAGAGCGUGGACAGGACUUUCAUCAUAGAUCUGACUAUGGACAGUUUGGUCAUAGGGAUUAUGGGAACUCCGGGUAUAACAGGUCAUCUCAUGAUAGUUAUUCACAGUUUCAUCCAGAGAGAAAAAGGAAAAGUGAUUUACAAGAUCCACGUAUUCACAAGGAUCCACGUCUGGAAGGACAUGGAUAUCCGGAAUCUGGAUAUUCAGAAUCUAGUAAUGACAGUCAAUUGAAACAUUGAUGUCAUGUGACAAUUGCAUUUACAUGUGACAAUAGUAUUGAUAUCAUGUGACCCAUAGUAUAAUUAUCAUGUGACAUUACAUCAUCAAAGUUUAUGAAGUGUUAAUAUGUGUGAUAGAAAAACCAUAGUGUCUUUCAACAAGUGUUUGGAGUUGAAGUAUGUUUGUAUAUGAAAAGUGAUAUCAGUUGUGUGACAUUUUGUAUUAUAGCAUUUUACACAUCAUGACAGAAUUGAAAUUUCCAUUGGCUACUUUCUUUUAGGACUAGAGGUCAUCUCUUUAUUGAAUGCUUACAACAUUUUGCUUACUCUAAAUUAGCCAUUGUAUGUUCAAGUUAGUUUAUAUUAAAAAUUGAGGUUAAAUCUAGAGUGAGAACCAAGAUGUUUUUGGUUCAUGUAACACAAAGUGAUGUGAAUAUUGAUUAAGAGUUGAACAUCUAGUUCAAAGGGGAAAAUGGCCAUAGAAAUUAGCAGAAUUGCCAAUUGUGUUCAUUUUCUGCUCUCAUUUUUCAUUUUGCCUGUUAUUGAUAUGAGAACUUUAUUGUAAAAAUCAAUUUAAUAGCUGGCCAGUCAUAUUUCUGACUUUGUUUUUAUAAUCUUUACACAUUUUAUAAAGCAGUGCAAUAUUUCUUUUUGUAAUUUUGCAUUUCAAUUGAAGUCAAAGCAUGUUAAGGCAUUAAAAGAUCUGGGUUUCAGUUGUAUGAUCUUUCUUCCUUUAUAAAAUUGUUUAAACUUAGUACUUGAUGUUUUAAAAGAAACAAAAAAAACUUAAUGAAUUUCUUUUUUGGAUAAAUUUCACACAAUCAUUGAAUUAUUGUUAUUUAUUGCUUUUAACAAUGUUGAUGAUUUGUACAUAACUAAUGUUCUUCUUUCGAUAUAAAGAAGGACAAAAAAUAUAUUUUACUGUGUAAUGUUUUGUUGAUUGUGAAAAUUGGUUUCAGGCAUAGUACCUGAACUCUAAAUGGUUAUAUAGAGUGUUUGAUUGGCUGCAGUAUAUAUGGUAUAGGUUUGAGAUUCUUUGGUUAAGAAAAAAAUAUAAGUAGAGCUCUACAUGUCAGUUAUUUAAUGAAUUGAUGUUUUUUUUCAAAAUUAGAAAAUUAUUUUUUGUCCUCAAUUUUUGAGGUUGUACACAUUUCAAUACAUAAUAAAAUUUAUAUCAACACUAUUUCAAUUUCCAAAAAUAGGCUACAGUAUGAAAUUGUUUUUUUUUGUUUUUUGUUUUUUUUAUUUUUGAGGAGGAGUUUAUCAUACAUAUUUUUUAGUGUAUUUCAAAAGUUGAAGAGUUUGUUAUUCAUAUGUAGUAAAACCAGUCAAAAGUAAGGAAACUUUAGAUCAAAGACUUUCCAAGAAUCAAGUCACUCUUAAAUAUUAACUUGAAAGGUGUGAUGAGUGUUGAAAAUUAUGUUUAUCCCACUUAGAAGUUUGAAGAUAAUCCACUGUCAUUAAAAAACCAGUCAAAAAUAAGGAAACUUUAGAUCAAAGAUUUUCCAAGAUUCAAGUCACUCUUAGAGAUGAGUGUUGAAAAUUAUGUUUAUCCCACUUAGAAGUUUAGAGAUAAUCCACACUCUCAUUAAAAAAAGAACUUGAAAUGGGUGGAACUUUGUUUGUUAUAUUUUGUAGUGCUACAACAUUGAACAAAUACUGUAAAUUUCUGUUGAUAAUGAUUUUAUUUUGCUGUUGAACCCUUAUGUUGCUUAGAUUGUUAGUGCUAGUGAUGUUGUUGAUUAAUAAAAAUCAGCCAAAGAUUUAUCUACAAAAUGAAAUGUUAGGAGGAGUGUGUGAGAAAAGAGAGAGAGAGGGGGAAUGUUUAUGAAAGUUAAAAUUAUUUUUUUGUAUAAAGAAAUAUUGUUACAAUGAAUUGUAAUUGUGUAAAUAUGAUCAACAAUAGGAAUUGUCUAAAAUAAAAACAGAUAUGAAAAACAA